AGGUACACUCUUAAAUGUGUACAAUUCAAAUUAAGAUAUAAAUUAUUUAAGGUAUAUGAAAGAAUUUUUUUUUUUCCCAAUUAGUUAAUAUAUCAAGGAUUUUUUUCAAUUACUUAAUGUUUUAGUUAAGUUAUAUAUCCGUGCCUUAUUUUUAAUGUACUCACAUCCUUUUAAAUUUUAGAUACUAGAUAGUAUGGAACAGUUGAAUAAAUGGCUACAAUAUAUACAGCAAUUAAAGAUAUCACCCCAACUACAGAUUUAUUUGAAAACAGUUGAAUAAAUGGCUAUAAUAUAUACAACAAUUAAAUAUAUCACCCCAACUACAGAAAGUUGGAAGAUUGAAAUGAGAGUGUUAGAAAAAUCUGGAAAGCGGACAAGCAAGAGUUCACCACUCAAAUAUCAAAAGCUUAUGUUACCAGAUAAAAAGGGUAAUGAUGUUGAAGCAGUAAUAUUUGGCACUGAAAUUGAUGCUAGAGAAAACACUUUGGAAGUGUUCCACACUUACUACAUCAGCAACGCUUAUGUAAAAAAAACAGCCCCACCUUUCGAUAAAAAGCGAGACUACAAAUAUUCUUGGACAUUGAACUCAAGAACAGAAAUCGAAGAAAUCCAAACAGAAGACAACGAGAUAUCACCACCAAACUAUGAUUUCAUUCCGUUUAGCGACCUGCAUACACCUAAAGAAUUCAGCAAACCAAUAGAUAUUUUGGCUAUUGCUCUCAAAAUGAACCCACCAAAAGAAGUCAACACUCCCUAUGGACUACAUACAAUUCAAGAGAUAUAUUUAAUUGAUGAAAGUUGUAGCUUCAAACCAGUAUGUUUGACGAUGUGGGGGCAUAAAGUUCACGAUGAAUGCUUACAAAUAGCAGAAGUAAUCGAAGAAAGACCCAUAAUAUUGGGAUCAAAACUAAUUGUUCAAACCAAGAGAGGGCUGUCUCUAUCGUCACGCGACACGAGUACCUUCAAAAUCAAUCCUCAACUCCCCAAGCAGAAGCACUAAAGGAAUGGGCGAAGAGCAACGAAACAGAAAUUAAAAACGCAAUAGCAAACUGCUUGACAUACGAAUCUUCUCCAAAAUCUUUUGUUGGAUUACACGAAAUAGUGACUAACAUCCAAAUUUCAGAGUUGACGAAAAAUCUGCAACUGAAUGAGAAAAAAUAUUUUUGGAUUGAGGCGGCAAUAAAAAUAACUGACACUCUCCAGAAUUUUUAUUACAUGUCAUGUGACGCAUGUCAUAAAAAAAUAGAUUUAUACAAUCGCGAUGAAAAAAUCAUAUGUGACAAGCCAACAUGCGGCCAAGAAGGAUUUCCUACACCACGUGCUAUAGCAUAUGUUGAACUUGAUGACAAUACAAAGAGCCUAUCUGCUGUCAUGUUCGCAGAUAUUGUCGAAAAAAUAUUUUCGUGUAAUGCUGCCCAACUAAUGAACUAUACUGCAGAGGAACACCGCCGCUUUGUCGACACUACCAUAAUCAAUUUAUCAAAGAAAAAAUGGAUAAUCCAGAUAUAUGCGGACCCGGCUAGAAUGAAAAGUGCAAAAUACAAAAAUUACACUAUUGUCUCUAUCAAAGAAAAUGAAGAUUGAAAUCCACCAAUGACUAUCAUUAGUUUUUUUAUCUACAAUUUUUAGACUAAUGCUAUCUUCAAUUAUCAACAAUUUAGAGUUUGAUUUUUAAUUUUCUUUUUAUCUUGCCCCCAUUUAAGUAAUAUUUCUUUAAUUAUUGGAACAUCAAUUUUUAGUUUAUUUUUGGAUUAACUUAAGAACAUAUUUAAAUCAUUAAGCCUUCUUAAAUACUAAUAUAUUGCAUUCAAUAUUCACUUUUAAUUGACAACAUUAUAAACUAUAAUAUUUAGAUACACAUAAUAAUAAUCUCACCUAAUAACUAAUAAUAUUUUUUCUUUAAUUUUUAAUCGUAUCACUUUCAAAUAACAUAGAAAAAACUAGCAUAAAAUUUACUAUACGUGCCUCGCACGUUGCUUUUUGCUAGUAUAUAUAUAUA